AUGGUGCGAAGAGGGUCUAUUGACGCCUAUCGUUGCGAGCCAUCCUUGCCGCGAACAUAUUUCACUCGAUCGGUCUCAAGAUCUUGCGCAAACCAAUCGUCUCUGGCUACGCAGUCUGGUGACUCUGCACCCCUGGUGGAAGAGGUGCCUAGAGCACAAGUUCUGACACCAGAAUCGGAAGUACAGGACCCCAUAUCGAGUAUCCAUGAAGACACCGGCCAACCGGUAUCGAGACUGUUCGACUCGAUCACUCAGUUUUGGAGCCUGAUCAUUCAGGACGAAGCGCUGCCCUUGAGCCAAGGCCAAGAUGAGGAAAGACAAAAUAGACCCGUCAGCCCUCCCACCACCGUCGCAGAUGAUAUCACUAGCAGAAAAGAGUGCAGUGAUAGCCCAACAGAUGCCCUCCAAUGCGGCGGUGCCGAUGAGUUGCCCCCAGAUACCGCAGUGUCUGACGAAGAGGAACUGGGGACGAGAGACUGCACCCCAGGCCCGGAUGGCUGCACAAACCAAACGACAUUCAAUCUCGAAAGCCUCCUACUAGGAGAGGAGCUCAAGAGACUACGGGUCUGGAAAAUCACUUUUUCUAAUGACGACCUGGAUCGCUUGCCGUUCAUUAAACACGAAGUUGCGCAGGGAGUCCUAAAAUGUCUGACUGGUCUGGCAAACACACUGAUAAAAGGAUACAGUGAGAGGCAGGCAUUAUUGAAGCCUGGAGAUUUGGUAGAGCCCCUGCAGUAUCUGAUCAAGCAGAUUGAGGCAAAGAUAUCAGUAUCUAGUGUUGAAGAUGACGCCAUGACUGAUUGUGAUGGUUUCUCAGGGACUCAGGGGUCAACAUGCACUGUUGAGGAGGAGACUCCUCUAGAAGCCCUCAGGUUUGAUAUUGACAGGCUGCAGAUGUUGUCUCAGUCACUGCGUCUUGGGCUGAGUAACGGAAUUAUUCUCACAGGGAAUGGAUGA